AUGGUCAACCCCGAUCAUGUACUUCCAUCGAAACUCAAGAUUGAUCCCAUACGCGACAUUGCCAACAACUACGUGGCUAUGCUUACACGCCGUUGUCGAUCCUCCGCCGCAGCCAAAAUCAGCCCAACCGCCGGCAAGGAAAGCUUGAUCCCCCGCCAUCCCCAGCUAGACCAUCGGCCAGGGCUGCUCCACGCGGCAGAUCCCAAAAAGGAAAUUCCAAGCCCCAGCUGGUCUCGCCUUCUCCCCAAGCCUCUACUCGUGGACGAUCCCUGGCAACUCGCAGACGAUCCCCGGCAACUCGCGGACAAUCCCCGGCAAGACCAUCAAAGCGUAAAACCUCCCCCAGGCAAUCUUAUUCUCAAAAUCGAUCCCGAUCACCCGCUCCCCAACGGAUCCCAGCCCACGAGAUACAACGAUGAUGGAACCUCCAAAGAAUCCUUGCAUGACGAUUCAUCAUCAUUAUCCAAAGAAUUAUCCCAAGAAUCGUCACAAUCAAACAACAUGUCCGACUUUCAGUCCAGCGUGUCUGAGUCAAACAACAACAGGGCCUCCUGGAAGGGCAAAGCAACCGCCAACUGUCAGUCCAGCGUGUCUGAGUUGGACAACAACAGAGCCUCCAGGAAAGGCAAAGCGACCGCUAAAGGAAAGAGGAAGCCCCCCCAGAAGCGCGCUACGACUAAGGUAACUCACGGCCGGCCCCGCAGUCAAACAAAGUUAAAAUCUGCGCUCAUUGUUAAAAAACCAAAAAAGAAGACCAACAGGGAACGCAUUGAAGAAAUUGUAUCUACCGUCAACGAGCGUUAUAAGGAUCAACCUCGCGCCCCCCUGAUGACCUCUGCUACGCCAAAGAGGGACGACAGGACACAAAUUCUUAUUCCCGGCCAAAGAUUUCACCUUUCUUGCAGCUACUGCCGGACAGUAAUAAUUGAUCAGAGCAAGAUCUCCCGCCAUCAAAUCCAUAUAACCCGUGUCCCAAGCGCCGGAGGUACGUUCAACUCCAGGCAGGAAACCAAUUCUAUACCACCCCGGGUCUUAAUCAACCAGGUGAUCAAGAUCGGUCUCAUGAAUGGUGUUUUACCCCCGCCCCAGUUCCGUUCUGUUCCUCUCCUGCGGAAACCCAACGCCUCCAAUUCCCCGGCCCAGCCCAAUGUAGCGCCAACCUACGGUUAUCAGUCUAAUGUAGCACCUUCCUACGGAUAUCCGACUGACAAUCCUGCCAACACAUUCCAGUCCAAUUCAACCCCGGCUUUUAAUGGAUACAAACCCUUGUCGACACAUUUUGAUCAUACUCCUCAGAGAUUUGAAACCGCAGGAGCCACAGGCAGCCAAAAGCAAGGGGAGUCAAGUGGCCCAAAGCCUUUCGACUACUCACAGUAUUGGAAUCCCGUUACCCAAUCAUAUCUCACGUCAACUCAACCCAGCAAUCAGGCGCCAAUAUCGGCUCCACCGAAAGAUUCAAGCUGCACAUUCAACUUCUCUUGUCCAUCCAGUAACCAGGAAACCGCGCCGGCCCCUACUCAAGAAAAGCGGCUGCCGCCACCACCACCCAGUAGAUUGGGCCAGUCAGUCUCGGCUCCUCAUCCCAGUCUCAUCGCAGCGCCGCCGCCAUCGAGUCAAUUCUCAGCGCCAACACCUCAGUUUGCAGGGCUCUCACCUGCGCCGCCACCGCUAUCCAGUCAAUUUGGCCAGUCAGUGACAACAGCUCAACGUAGUCACUUCGCCCAGUCCGCGGCACCACCCGUGCAGCCACCAAUAUCAAGUCAAUUCGGCCAGUCAGCGUCAACAACUCAGCCUAAACCUAGUCUCUACGCCCAUUCUGCGGCACCACCCCCGCCACCGCCAUCCUGUCGAUUCGGCCAGUCAGCGCCAGCAGCUCAGCCCAGUCAUUUUGGCCAUUUCUCGCAGCCGAGUCAGUUCAGUAUGAACUCACAGCUCAGUCUGUCCGGUCAGUCCUCACUGUUGACUGCCACUCCCUUCAAGCCAACAAUUUCCCAGCCCACCACAAAUAACCCAUUCAUGCCGCCGAGUGCCUCGACUUCCUUCUGGGAUCCAAAGGCGAUACCACCACCUCAAGUCAGCCUUGGCAUCCAAUCCCGCCCUGGUCCCAGCCCAGUCUGCCAUAAAGACAAAGGCAACUCUUUUUCCCCAGCCACAGCAACCCAACCCCGUCCCUCUUUUUCCUGCGCCUCAGCAGCCUCAUUGGGGUGA